UUUUUACAAUUUGUCACAUUAGAUACUGAUAUGAAAAUAUUUAUAUGUAUUUUUCUUUGUGACAAUUUCUCAUGUUGGUCUUGGUAUAAAGCACUUUUUUUCUUUCUUUAAGUUUUAUGUUAUAUUCAGUGGUCUGAGAUUUAUUUUCAGAUACAAAUAGCUUGUGUUCAGGAGCAGUUUCAGUUUGCAACUUGGCUUGCUUAAGAAAAACAAAGUGGUAUUUGAGGUUGAAAACUCAUUUUUGUAUCAGCCUGAACUCAUGUUGUCUAAUGACAUUAACACAGACUAAUGAUUUCAGUUUUUUACUAUUGCGUAUGCAUGCAGUUCUAUUGCACCCAUUGAAUACUCUAUUAUUUUGCAUGGAGAAGCCAAGAAUAGAUAGCUCAUACAAUAAAAAUCGAUAAGCAUCCUUUGACAGAUAACAAGCUAUUUUGACCUUGCAAUCACUGCAGAAUCAGUUAUACAUCCUCACCCUGUAUUGUCCCUUCCUUUAACACUUCAACCAUGGGACCCAAAUGAAUGCUGUACCACGUGACCCAGCAUCAUUACCUAAAGUGGAAAACCUCACGGUUUCGGAUAUUACCCCAUACAGAUUUCGGGUGUCCUGGGUGGCAGAUUCCUCCGAGGGCUUCAGCUAUUUUCAGGUAAAGGUGUCGGACUCUGGUCAGCUGCUGGAGCCGCAAGAGUUCAUAGUGCCGGGGAACCAGACCGAACUGGAUGUUUUGGGCCUGAUCACUGGCAUUGGCUAUGAGGUCAGUGUGACCGGGGUGUCAGGGGAUGGGUUACAGUCUCGUCCAGUCACCACAGUGGCUGUUACAGGUACAGCUCUCUGCUUUUCAACUGCACGUCACUCCAUCAAAUCAAAGUUUCACUGCCCAAGCUUGGUAGUUUAAACUAUGUUGAGUAGUAAAAUGUUUUUCAUAUCUAAUAAAUGAAUGUCAAUUCUUUUCAGGGAUUGUAUGUUCAAGAGUGUAGUUUCUCUCUGAUAUGUUGAUAUAUUGUAGGUGCACAUAAUGAAAAAACAAUAAUAAUAA